UACGUGCGUGUAUGGAAUAAUCAGCUAUUUUGAGUUGAUAAAUAUUAAGGAAUACUCAUCGUUGAAAUAGAUGGAAAAUUCAUUUACUAUUAUGUUUAUGUGUGUGUUUGGGAAAUAGUUCUGUGAGUUAUAAACGAAUGAGAUCAUGCCAGUCAACUGUCUAAUCUGUCUGUCCCUUUAAAGGAUUCUAUUGGAUUGUACUAUUUUGGAGUCAAAGUGCGUCGGUUGUUAUUCGUACAGUGCGAAAUAAAUGUCUUUCGAUGCAUCAAAGAAUCAUUAUGUGUGCGUGUUUUGGUGUUUGUUCUCUACCAGCACCGCUUGACAACCGGUGUUGAUUUGUUUACGUUCCCGUGAAAACGGUUCGGCAUGUAAGAUUGGUAGAAUAAGUAUCGGGCUUUAAUAAAAUGAGGACUGGGAUCAAUUUGACGGAAACCCUUCGAAGCAAUGGCUCAGCGUGGUCGCACUCCAAUGAUCAAAAAACGCAAAAGAUAAAAGAUACAGAGUCGUUUUGUCACAAAAGGAAGCAUCUACAUGGCCGUUCACUCUGCUGGAAAUAGCAACUGAAUCUUCGUUAAAUCGCAUUUUACCACUUUAAGAAAAGUGCUCAUCGGCCAAUAUGGUACUCAGUUGAGUAUUUCCCUGGCUAGAAAGCGAAAUAUGCUAUAAUUCUCAUUGUUUUUAAAUUUUUUUAUCGGUUAGUUUGUUCUCUACUUCCGGUCGUCCAUAACAUUUCUAUAUUCGGACUUCAUGUUUCUAUUGCUUCGUUAUUUCAAACAUCUUCUUGAAAUAUAAGUACAUGUGUGAUAGCAGCAAAUAUUGGGUAUUUAAGACGUAUAAAGAUGGGGUAUGUUGUUGUUUUAUUGUUUAGGCUUCAGAAAUAGAAACUAAUAUGUUGAGGAAAUAUUUUCGAAAAGAAGAAAAACAUCAAAAACAAGUGUUUCUGGAAUAAUGAAUCAACUGUUAAGUUCUUUGUUUCUUUGAGGAUAUAUGUAAACAUGCACUUUUGAAUGAAAUUGAUGUUUUGAUUAUAUAAGCUGGAGAAUAUUGCUUAAUAUUAUACUUCUGUGAAUUUCAAAGUAUGGAAGAAGAAGAAGAAAUGGUCCACAAAAACAAACGAUCAUAUAAUUGUGAAAUAUGUGGGAAAACAUUCUCAGCUAAUAGUAGUUUAAAGAGGCAUAAAAUGAUUCAUGCAGAUGAGAAGCCUUUCCACUGUGAUAUUUGUGGUAAAGCAUUUUCACAGAACUAUAAUUUAUGGAAGCAUAAAUUAAUACACACAGGUGAAAAACCACACCAAUGUGAGAUUUGUGGUAAAGCUUUUUUAUUGAGUGGUCACUUAAAGAGGCACGAAAUGAUUCAUACGGGGGAGAAACCUUACCAGUGUGAUAUUUGUGGUAAAGCCUUCUCCCUGAGUUGUAAUCUAAGGAGUCAUAAGAUGACUCAUACAGGGGAACGUCCAUACCAGUGUGAAAUCUGUGCCAAAGCAUUCUCGUCUAAUAGUGCUUUAACAAAACAUGUAUUAAUCCACACGGGGGAGAAACCAUACCAGUGUGAUAUUUGUGGUCGAGCAUUCUCACGCAGUGGUCACUUAAAAACACAUGAAUUAGUUCAUACCGGAGAAAAACCAUUUUAUUGUGAGGUUUGUGGUAAAACAUUUUCGUUAAAAGGUAACUUGAGGAAGCAUGCCCUCACUCAUACAGAGAAACCAUCUCAAUGUGAUGUUUGUGGUGAAUCAUUCUCAUCUAAUAUUGACUUUAGAAAUCAUAAAAAAAUUCACAAAAAACCAAAAAUCUACCAUUGUGAAAUUUGUGCUAAAAUAUUUUCGUGUAAUAAAAGCUUAAAGAAGCAUGAAAUAUUACAUACAGAACAGAAGGUUUAUCAGUGUGAUAUCUGUGAUAAAACAUUCUCAAGGAAAGAAUUUGUUGUGAUACAUAAAACAGUUCAUACAGGAGAGGAAGCACAUCAUUGUGAAAUUUGUGGUAAAACGUUUUCAUCUAGUGAUAGUUUAAGCAAGCAUAGUCUGUCACAUUUAGAAGAGAAACCAUAUCAAUGUGAGUUUUGUGGCAAAACAUUCUUGUAUAAUUGUGACUUCCUAAAGCAUGAAAUGGUUCAUACUGGAGAAAGACCAUUCCCUUGUGAUGUUUGUGGAAAAGCAUUUGCACAAAGUUCUACCUUGAAAAAACAUAAAUUGGUUCAUACAGGAGAGAAACCAUUCCCUUGUGUAAUUUGUGGUAAAGCAUUCUCAUGUAAAAGUAACUUAAAUAGACACUCUGCUAUUCACAUUAAAUAAAUGAUAUCACAAUGAGAAUUAUGGUGAAAUAUAUAUAUGAAAUGUAAGAUUUUCAGUGUAGCAGUGAAUUGGAUGGAAUGGAGAGAAUAAUGAAGGGAUUUUUUUAAUAAAAUUUAAGACCAAAGAAAAUGUGUGAAAGUAUUGUCAUAUUUUUAACAGUAAUUUUUUGUGAUUGGCACAGGUAAGUUUACCUAUUUGUAGAGGAGAGAUAU